AACAAUACCUUGGCGGCGCCUGCGCGCUGCGUACGUCAGUUUUGCCAACUCUCGACGCGCGACGAUACGUAUCGCUCUCUCGACUAUACCUACUCGGUUCCGAAACCAGUGUCGUUUCUACUAUCUGAAAGUUUAAUACACAUAUUUUGAUCAGACACACCGUCAUGGAUAUCAUCGGAUAACUAGUGACUUUUUAAACGUGAUUUGUACGAUUUCCUUGAGUUCCUUGACGUUCAUGAGUAUUUGAAUAUUCUGUAGUUAUAAAAACUGCCGGGUAUAUUGGAUGUUAUCACUUUACUGCGUCAUGUAUCGAGGGGUGCACUGUAGUUAGCGGGUCUGGCAUGAGGCGCCGCGGCGUCCGUCGACCAUGAUGCUGGUCUACCUCGCUGCCACCGACUAGCCUUCACGCCGGCACCACUCUUUUACAACACCGGUUAAGAUGAGGCGGCAGGCUCGGAUAUCAACAGGCGGCGCGCUCGUCGUGCGCUCCGCCUCCGCCCUGCAAGUCUGGCUGUGGUUGCUAAUAUUUAUAUUCCAAAACGAGUUUGCGAUAUCUGGGUCCAUUAAGCCUGGGUACUUGGACUUCGAUAACCUCCCCGAGACGAAUUUCACAUGCGCGGGCAAAGUAAUCGGCGGCUACUACGCCGACCUCGAGACCUCCUGCCAAAUGUUCCACGUGUGCACAGUGGGCCAGCAAGACGAGCCCAUGGAUAUCAAGUUCCUUUGUCUCAAUGGCACAGUCUUCGACCAGGAGACAAGAGUAUGUGAGAGAGUAGACGAAGUAGAUUGUACAAAGUCUGAAAAAUUUUACAGUUUAAAUUUAGAAUUAUAUGGAAGCACUGCACCACCUAUAAUACAAACAGAUCAGAAAGCUCAAGCGCAAUCAACAGAUCAAUCUCAACAAAAAACUAAGCCUAACAUAGAACCAGAACCUGACCCCGCUAUAGAGGAAUCUCCUACUACAACAAUAGACUCUAAUAAAGCCCACAGUCACUCCUCAGAAAUCCCGGAUUCUACAGAAGAUCCAAAAGAGCAAGAUUUCAAAAGAGAUGAACCUCACCGUCAACAAAAUGUACCAACUCAUCAACCCAUACAAAUUCACGAACAAGAAGAACUUACGGAAGGUAAUUUCUAUGACUAUCAAGAAGAUGAAGAAAUUUCCGAAUACGAAGAUUACUCACAUUCUUCAACAUCAACAACCACUCCGUCCCCUACUACGACGGCAAAAAUAACAACCAGACCUACAACAACUAGCACAACGCCUAAACCCUCAACAACUACAGUGGCAUCAAGGCCAUCGUCACUACGACCAUCUCCAAUUACUAAUUUACUCUCAUCUACGCCUACUCUGUCUUCGUUGUCACCGCCCGCGUAUUCCUCAAUACCACCAUCAGUAACUGCAUUACCAACAUUAGAUCCAUCUCUACUUUCUCCACAAGAAUUUAUUUAUCGUCAUCGAGGCCCAGGAUCAGAGGCAAUAUCAUUUCAACGGCAAAGUUUUCGACCAGCCGACGGAGUUUAUAUUACGCAUGCGCCACCACAGCAGUUUGACCACUUUCAAUAUGAGUCGUCAAGAACUGCACCGCGUCCAGUAGGUCCACGACCCGUUCCAUUCGUCCAGCGACCACAACCAGCUCCUUUUCGCCCAACUACUUUGGAUCCAAGAGAUCAACUGUUACGUCCGGGACCAACCUUUCAACCUUCGGAAAGACAUGAGACUUCAAUAAAGCACCAACAUCCGUCUUCAUUACCACAGCAACGGCCAUUGCCUUUUAAUUCAUUUUAUUAUGAUCGAAAACGAAGUGAAGAUUCGGGUAAUGAAAAUGAAUCUUCUUUGUCACCGCGAUCAGUUGCACCUCCAAUUAUUACCGAGAAACCUCUAAAUAAACCAAAAAGUCCACCACGAGUUAUUGUUACCGCCAGUGCAUCUGUUAGUGAUAGUAAUGGAAAAAGACUUAAUUAUACAGUGGGUAAUGUUGUGAGCGCUGUGAAGCCCAUUGUGAAAAUAAACUACGAUGAUUAUAAAGAAUCAGAUUUACUAUUUGAUCCAUUCUUUUUAGAUGUGCCAAAAUUACAAAAGAAACGAAAGAAUAGAUCAUAUAGAAAUAAUAAAAAUGUGUUCACUAUGCCCGACGCAGCAACAACAACAGCAACUGAAUAUAAAACUGAAAAAAAAUCAACAAUCACAACUCCGCCGGUAACAUCUCGAGCAACGACGACUGCACGAUCGACGUCUGUCGCAAUCACCACGAUAACGAGUUUUACAACGACAACGACUGCAGCCUGGAAUCCGAACGAUUAUGUCGAUGAUAAUUACGAGCCCCAUGCUUAUGUCCCACCGGUGCCACCCCUUGCAAUACUGGUACCAGAUCGAAAUAAAUUGAAUAAAGAAGAAAGACAGUCAGUUAAUGAUUUAUUUGAAGAUAAGACUUUUUAUGGUGAAGUGCCCAAAGUUGGUGAUUUACAGCAAUCAAAGCCGACGGAGUCUGCAGUGCAGACAACCUCUAGUCAAAGUGCGGAAGUAGAUGCAGCGAUCCCCGCUGCGUCGCUGCCUCACCCGCCGCCCCUCGAGGCGCCCGCCUGUGCCUCCUCGCGCGCCACUGACUGUCGGACUCGUGUCUAAUAAUAGCUCGGUUUACAUUGACUAGAGGAGUUCUACUACUGCUGUUUGUUUAGCUACUCGGAAAACAAGACACAGUACCAAUAGCCCAGUUACCAUCUUUUCCCAUCUCUAUUUCAAAUUUCAAUUCACGACAUCUUAUUAUUUUCAAUAAUAUGGCUCCUUAUAUGGGUAAUUAUUAUUUUCAGUGUUACAACUAAACAAAAAUUAUAAAAAAAAAUAAGCAGUUUUGGAACUCCUCUAUUACGUUUACACGUAAAUAGAUAGUCUCAUAAUUUAGAUAGGUAGUGAAUUUUUAACAAUUUUCCACGCAAUAUUUGAAUUGUAAAACAUAUAUAGAAACUAUUCUUAUAUUGCGUGUAAUAUAUUAGUGUAUUUAUAUAGCGUAGCAAAUAAAUUACCAACUGUAAAUAUUUUUACUACGUGAAUGUGAGUUCUUUCAAAGUUUUGUUUUAAGUUUAGUAAUAUUUAUAGAAAAAAACAUUACUUGUAAAUACCAUAAAAUAUAUAUUACGUUGCUACAUA